UCAGUGGGCGGUUAUUUGGUGAUGUGAGAAAUCAAUGUGCAAACGUCUCUUAGAUCAAGCAUGAGUACUCGAUAUGAACGUUGUAACGGUAGCGCUCUUGAUAUCAGCUUUGGGGAUCCCAGAUCCUAGCAAUGGUGCGAUGACGAUGAAACAGCUAAGAAACUCAUUGGAUAUGAUGAGAAAAGCGUGCGCGCCAAAAUUCAAUGUCGUUGAAGCAUCACUGGAUGAGCUAAAAUCAGGAAACUUCCCGAAUGAUGCGGACAAGGAAUUGAAAUGCUAUACCAUGUGCAUUGCUCAAAUGGCAGGAACGCUCACGAAAAAAGGGGAACUAAGUCUAUCCAAGACAACUGCACAAAUCGAAGCCAUGCUGCCACCAGAGCUCAAGGUUCCCGCUAAAGAAGCUUUGAACGCAUGCAAAAACACUCAAACUACAUACAAGGACCCCUGCGAAAAAGUAUUUUAUUCGGCGAAGUGUGCUGCUGAGUACAACCCAGAUGUGUUUGUUUUCCCUUAAAAGAUGACGUCGAUGAAA